GGAUAUCCUGGAGUGUUCGCUAAGCCAUUUAAGGCAAACAUGGCCAUGGGAAGCAAAUCUGAGACUGUUUCUCCCAUUCCCAUCAACAGUUUGGAACAAAGUGCUGCCGCUGAAUUCGAAGAAAAAAAGGCUUUGGAACAAAGUGCUGCUGCUGAAUUCGAAGAAAAAAAGGUUUCUGAAAUAGAUGAAAAUGCAAAGUCUUGCAAGAACAAUCCAAAUAAAAAUGCUUUUGGGUCUAAUUACUUUGUAAUUUCGGAUUUUUUUACCCAGUUUCCAUUUAAGCAUGCUAAAUCGCUUUCACUUUUGGAUUAUGAUUCAACCGACAAAAUUGCCGAAAAUGUGUACUUUAAAAUCAGAUUAAUCGGUGACGAAUUAAUGAAAAAGGGAAUUGGAUCCUCCAAGAGACUGAUAUUCGUGGGCCAAAGUCUAAACUGGGCAAUCUUAGUAGAUCUAUCUUAUGUCUGCCGUGACAUUUGGACAGCACAUUUUUAUGACUUAGUGCCCUCUGGAAACAGUGAAGAAGUGCUCAUGAUGAUAAAAAAGUUGCCUUUUGCCGAGGACGUGAAAUUCAAACUGUGUCGCUGGAAUGUAUCAUACGACCCUACUCCAAAAGUGAAAAUGCAGGCGAUGUUGUGCAAUUCCCUUCUGGUUUCUUAAACAAAUUGUAUAGUUUUAACAACAGUAGUUCAGAAACAGCAUUGCCAUUGUUGUAGAAAUAUAUUUUGAAAUAAGUUUGCAACAGGCCUAUUAUACCUAUGCACAGACGUUGUAUGCUGUUGUAUCAUUCUUUUAUCAUAUUAAUUUUUAGUUGUGUCAGGUGUUCAUAUAUUUACUGCAUAGUUAUUCAAUGAACAGUAUUAAUGGUCAUGUGCUGUUUCAUUUAAUCACAUUUUAUUAAUUAUCGUUUUUGCAUAAAAUGCAUUAAAUUAUUACUUUUAAAACAAGUUAACUAUUAAGAAAGUGGUAUUUUUAUUUUUUGGUAAUUAUCAAUUUAAAUAUGUAUUGGCUAAUAAACCGUGAAUAAUUAUUGUA